AUGAGCUCGUCUGCGGUGGUAUCUGCACUGUUAAAAUGGCUCGAGGGCAAUGGAACGACCGACAUGUUGCUGGAAAUUCGAUACCUUGGCAAAUGCGAAGGUCAUGGGGUGCUCGCCAAGCAGUCGCUCGCCUGUGGUCAAGUGGCAUUGCAGAUCCCGUUCAGGCUCACAAUGACGAUCGAGUCUGCCGCUCACUCGGAUCUUGCACUCGUGCUCAAAAGGCAUCCACAGAUCCCACCUGAUGAGGUGCUGGCACUGCAUCUCAUGCACGAGCGGAGCAAAGGCAAAAGAUCGUUCUUUGCUCCGUUCAUCGCGUCGUUACCAGCUACAUUCGACUUGCCUGUGUUCUGGUCAGAAGCCGAGCUGAUCGAGCUCAAAGGCACAAAUGUGCUGCUGCUGACACAAAUGAUGCAGCGACAGCUAAAGAGGGACUACCAGAGCAUUCACCAAGAAGUGACGGACGAGUUUCCCGAGAUUUUUGCACCGCUGCCGACACUGACGCUCGAGGAUUAUACAUGGGCAAUGGCUGUGAUCUGGAGUCGUGCGUUUGGUGUGACCAAAGACGGGAGGUACUUGCGUCUGCUGUGUCCAGCGAUGGACAUGUUCAAUCAUGAUGUGAACUUGCACAACCCACUGGAUGAUUUUGUUUCGUUCGAUGAAGAGAAGCAAAUGAUGGUCCAUCAUGUUCCAACCGAAGUACCGAACGGAUCUGCCGUCAACAUUAGCUAUGGGCAGUACUCGAAUGCGAAAUUGCUUUAUUCGUAUGGCUUCGUCGCACAAGAGAACUCUAGACGGGCUGUGGACUUUUGGGUGAAGAUUCCACCAGCAGAUCCGUAUUUGAAGCUGAAGCAAACCCUUCUGGAUACGAACGAGCUUACGAAGGAACAGACGUACGACUUUUGCGGCACUCUUUUUCGAAAUGAUGUUGACGAGAGACUCCUCGCUACACUGCGCGUGGUUUUGAUGGACGAGCAGGAGAUUCGUCUGUACAAAAAGGUGCGUUGUUUGUGA